GUUUAGAGGUACAACACAGACCACCAUGGUAAACAAAAUCAUCCUUUCGACCUCAUUGGUCCUGCUGGGCCUCUGUUUGGCAGCUCAGAAUGUAUCUGCAAGAACUCAGCAACCAGCAGCGGUGACCCCAGCACAGCAGUUCGUUAAUUCUCUGCCUGAGAAUUACGUGACCACGUUUUUAAGCUACUAUCUCGGUGUUGGUUUGGAGCAGCGCAAUCCAAAAUACGUUAACCCAAAACCAAAAGACAUUAUAACUAGUAUUCUUGUGAAACUGUUCCAACCUCCAAAAGAUUUCGCCGAAAAUCUAUUAAAUUUCGUUGAGGCUACCUUCAAGCUUACGGAUGACGAUGUCUACAGGCUUGCUAGGGAUAAUACAGUAUGUACUCCGGCAGGCGAAUGCUUCAACCCGGGAGAUGUCGGAACAAUUUGUUGUCCUUUUUAAGCACCAACAGGGACACAGUAUGAAAACAAUUAAAAUAAAAAAAAAACAAAAAUAUGCUGUUUAUCAGUCACAGGGUCAGAUGUUUUUGAUUGUGGAUAAGAAUAAAUUCUACUAAAAGCGCA